CUGUUGGGUCUUUACUCUUUCUACAAGCAACUCAAAGGACAGAGCAAAAGUAGCGAAGACGGAGAUAAAAGGACCAGGAAAAUAUCACCCAAGGGCUCGUCGAGAUAUCGCCGAUGGACGUGAUCAAGUCCCAGCAAGUAUCAUCUAAGCCCAUCGAGAAGGUCAUCGUUCACCCACUGGUUCUGCUCAGCAUCGUCGACAACUACAACCGAGUCGCCAGGGACACGCGCAAGCGAGUUGUCGGAGUCUUGCUCGGUAGCUCCUUCAGAGGCACCGUCGACGUCACCAACAGCUAUGCAGUGCCCUUUGAAGAAGACGACAAGGAUCCAAGCAUAUGGUUUCUUGACCACAACUAUCAUGAAUCGAUGUUUUCAAUGUUCAAGAGAAUCAAUGCUAAGGAGCACGUGGUCGGUUGGUAUAGUACAGGACCAAAGUUACGCGAGAAUGAUCUAGAGGUUCACAGAUUAUUCCACAACUAUGUCCCAAAUCCUGUCUUGGUCAUUAUUGAUGUCCAGCCUAAAGAGAUGGGGAUACCCACUAAGGCUUACUAUGAUGUUGAAGAAGUGAAGGAGAAUGCUACACAAAAAAGCCAGAAGGUUUUCGUUCACGUGCCUUCAGAAAUUGCUGCUCACGAGGUUGAGGAAAUUGGAGUGGAGCACUUGCUAAGGGACGUGAAGGAUACAACCAUCAGUACACUUGCAACUGAGGUUGCUGGAAAACUUACUGCUUUAAAUGGUUUGGAUGCACGGUUACGAGAGAUACGUGGGUACCUUGAUCUUGUUAUUGAUGGGAAGGUUCCAUUAAAUCAUGAGAUACUUUAUCAUUUACAGGAUGUGUUCAACCUGCUUCCAAAUCUCAACGUGGCCGAGUUAAUCAAGGCAUUUGCUGUAAAAACAAAUGAUAUGAUGUUGGUUAUAUAUCUUUCCUCUCUCAUCCGAAGUGUCAUUGCGCUCCACAACUUGAUCAAUAACAAGAUGUUAAAUAAAGAACACGAGAAAGCUGAGGAUGCAAAACCGGCACCAGUCCCACCUGUCAGUGGAAGCUGAUUUUAUUUAUUUGUUUCUUUCAGCCUUUAAAGAGCUCCAUCUUUAAGGGUGGGUGGUGCGAACAAAUGAGUGGAGCCUUUACAGAGCUCCAGCCAUUUCAAUGUAGACUUUUAAAGCAUUUUUUUUCCGAGUGUGCCCUAAGUUAGAAAGUUUCCCAUUGGCCAACCUCACUUAGCAAUGGCUAUGUAUGAUAUCCAGGUUAUUUUUAUUACAUUCUUUAGAGCAUCUCCCACCAGAUUGUGUAAAACCCUGGAUUCUCUAAAUUUAGUUAAUAUGAGCCAAAAUUCUUCUCCAAUAA